CGCCACCAAGUAUAAUAUAUCGUGGAGUGAGUAGUGACGCUCACUCUCCCACCAGCCACCGACGCAGCAACAUACAUAAGAAGUCUGUCCGAGUCCUUCACCCUGUGCUCUGGUGACGCUACCAUCGACCCUCAAAAUAGAUCAGUUCAGUGGUCUUAUUAAUGGUUUACCAUGGUGGUUUCUACAAUAUCUGAAAAUGUACAAAUCUCUGUUCGCGUAAACGAGAUUUAUUACUCAGACUAUUCCGAUACGCAGGAUAGGUGAGACAUUGCAGUGUCGUUGCUCUGAGUUUGUGUAUAAAAUAUUGUGAUAUAGCCCAGUUAUUGGAGGGACAUAGUGGCCCCUGGAAAUAAGAAUCUCCAAGGGAAGGCGUAUCUAAUGCCAGGUGAAACCCCAAAGAAGGAACAAGAGCGUGUAUUAAUUGUAAAAACUGAAAAGAUGGCACGCCUGGACGCUAUAACCAUGUCCCCGCUGGUGAAGUCUUUCGUGGCUGGGUCGUUCUCUGGGACCUGCUCUACCAUCCUUUUCCAGCCACUUGAUUUGGUCAAGACUCGCCUCCAGACCACCAUCACCAUACCAUCUGAUGGUUCUGCUGGCAUGUUAGCAACAGUGGGUAAAGUGGUACGCAAUGAACGCCUAUUUGGAUUAUGGAAGGGUAUGACUCCUAGCAUCUUCCGAUGUGUGCCAGGGGUGGGCCUGUAUUUUUCAUCUCUGCAUUGGCUGAAGUCUACUUAUUGUGAGGGUCAUCCAGGGCCUUUGGAAGCUAUUAUGCUUGGGGCAGUGGCUCGUACGAUCACAGGUGUCACUAUGAUCCCCAUCACAGUCAUCAAGACCAGAUAUGAGAGUGACGUAUACAGUUAUGGUAGUAUGCGAGAGGCUGUGUGUUCAAUCUACAAGAAAGAGGGUGCCAGAGGUCUCACUUGUGGUCUGGUUCCCACGCUCCUCCGUGAUGCACCAUUUUCUGGGCUUUAUCUCAUGUUUUAUACACAAACAAAGAAGCAAGUGCCACAGCGAUACAUGGAAGGCAACAUGGCUCCCCCAGUUCACUUCACAUGUGGAGUGCUGGCUGGCAUCAUGGCAUCAACUGUUACCCAGCCCUUUGAUGUUGUUAAGACAAAGAUGCAGCUUUACCCACACAAGUUCACCUCUUUCUAUCAGGCUGUCUGGUACGUCAACCGGAAGUAUGGUCCACAGGGAUACUUCAAAGGGCUGGUCCCUCGCAUGCUCAGACGUACUCUUAUGGCAGCCAUGGCAUGGACUGUGUAUGAACAGAUCACAAAAAACUUUGGGUUGAAGUAAGCAGUAUAACGACCAGAAGCAAGAGAAGUUUGAUGUUAUGAGUGUUUUAAAUGCAGAAAUAAAUUAGCUACUAACUGAAACUCAUUAAUAACUAUGGUGAACCUAGAUAAAUUGUUACAAAUUUUUUAAAAAAAUUAAAGUGCAUAACUUCUCGGGCAGCAAGUUCUAGAAUCAUCAUGAGGUUUUAUUAGAGUUCUUUAGUUUGGUCUAGUACUUUUUUUUUAAGCUAACAUUGCUACUUUAUGAAUGUUAAGCCACUAUGUAUACUGUAUGGUUUAUACAGUAUUAUUCUUGUGUGUAUGUAUAUUAUCUGUUCAUAUAUACACACAUACAGUAAUUGCAAACUAAGCAAUAACAGAUGUAAAACAACCACAGGGGGAAGUUGAACGAUAGCUCAAGGCCUUUCAUGUUGCAGCUAACAUUUUUUGCAAGAGCUUGCAAUAGUGCAAAGGAAUGGAAAGGAUGUUUUGUGUGUAUAUAAAUGUGUGUGCAUAGGUUUAUAUAAUGUGUAUACACAGUGUAUAAACAAAAACAUGCAUGUAUGCAUACAUACAUAAUCAUUGAAUGAUAAUGCUGUGCAUUUUAUGAAUUGUCAAGGGGGUUUGUAGCAAUAGUAUUUAAUUUUAUAUCUGCAUAUUAUUCAGACAGGUUGUAGUGCAAUUGUGGUUGGUCAUUGCACUUUGGGAAUGGAAUUUUAAAGUACAAUCUUGCAGUUUUAAGUUACUGAUGUUGAUAAUCAUUUUCAUUAAUACUGUGUAAUUUUGUGAGGGGGGUCAGAGGCUUUCUGAUAAGAAUUUAAUUUCUAAUAGCUUUUUAAAGGGGGUUUAAAUACCUUUCAUGUUGAGGUAUGGAUAUUCCCCAUUUUAUGUUUUCCCCAAGAUCUCAUUACCAUCUCCCUAUUUAAUUGUCUUUGAUGACUUCUGUUUUAUGUAAAAUUUGAAUGCAUAGUUUUCAAGGCCUCUGCUAGAAUAGAACUGUUGUGUCUAGACUUGCUUGAGUAUUAAUCUCAAGUAUUAAACAAUUGUUUGGAAUAAACUUGAGUAAUUUCAAGAAUCAAGCGGUUGUUACUUAGGAUUAAAUUUUCACACGUGUGCUAUUAUGAAUUGUAAAGGUUACUUCAUUGUAUCCUGCACCAUUUCUCAUGAGUCCCUCUCAUUCUAUUCCUAGUUUUAAUUAUGUCUGUGAUUUUUGGAUGGCAAGAGAAACAUGCGAGAUGGUACAGCUGAAGGAUGAAAUAACUAGGAAAAUACAGUUUAUAAUUUGUGAAAAUUAUAUGUACGACCUCAUUUUAGAGGUUAUAUUAAGAUGAACUUAUUAUUUGUACUAAGAAUGCAGUAAAACAUAACAGAACAUAA